CUGCAGUUCACUGAUGAGUGGAAGAAAAAGAGAAGUCUUCCACCAAGUAUUUCUACCAGCUCCGUGGCCUCUAUAUCAAGGAGGGUACAGGAGCUGGCUAGUGUCCUCCCUGAGACCCGCCCACUCCGACCAUGCCCACAGCUGACCACACCCCCUCAGCCACCACACCCUUGCUCCACCCCAGAACGGGGUACGUAUACUAUUCAACGUCUGUACUGCUCGACUAGUAUUGUUGUUCCCUUUCAACAGAAUGUCUUUGGCAGAAGAGUUCCUCAUCUCAAGAGCAAAGUAUGUUUGUAUACCCACAAGUGUACAGUCGCCCUGUGUUGUCUGAGUCUUUGUUUUACGUGCACUAUUUGGUCGUUUGUGUCUUCACCCAACAGGCACACUCCCCCACCACUUACUCCUGUGCUGACCACACCCCCUCACGUGACGGGCGUGGCUAAUAUGGGCAUGGCUCCCACUCCACCCAUCGCCUCACCCUCUCUUCCUCCUCCUCCUCUCACUCACAAACGCACACCCACCAUUAUCCAGGCAUUGCCAGCACAACAAACCCAAAAUUCGCUCCCUACUCCAAUCCAACUGUUGCCGAACCCCUCCCUCACUGUCUCCCUCCCUCGUUUCUUCUCCUCCGUUGGGAGAACCACACCCACCACUCAUCAUAAUCAUCACCCACCCCCCACAGUGUCGCUAUCACAACCUCCCUCCUUCAUCCACCCCCUCCCUCCCUCUUCUCUCCCUGUCAUCAACAACAACACGAGGAAACGCCCAAUCCCUGCCAUCUCCACUCCUCCCGUUGCCAUGACGCCAGGGAAAAACCCCACUCCCCAGCAUCCCACAGCUGCAAUGAGGUCGUCAGUUGGGGUCAUUGCUACCGGCAACCGGAGACCAGAAACAUAUACACGGCCAAGGACAACAUUGGUGAGGGGAAACAUUUCGAGUGGGGACCAUUUUCACAACAUCCAGUUUCCUGAGGUGGUGGGUGUGGCACAGGGGAGCGUAGGACAGCUGACUCCGCCCAAACUCCGCCGAUUCUCGCACCUUCCCACCCUCUCAGCCUCCGCCCAGCUGCACGCUCCGUUGGUGAUGCCAAAGUUACACAGACUGACCACUCCCUCAUUCUCCUCUCGUGGCCCCGCCUCCCUUGCGGGCUCCACCUCAAUGCCGCUCCUGAGACCUCUGUCGCUGGAGAAUGGCUACUCAUCUUCAGCACCCAAACACAACCAAAAGCACUGCCAAAACUGAGAAGACUCUAGUCCUUGCCAAUAGCUAGUGUUGUAGUGGAAUUUUAGUAUGCAAACAACCUUUGCAAAAUUGAUGAUGUCAUGUGAACUUUGGUGAUGUCACAGUGUGUUAUGAUGUAAUGGAGAAUAUCAUCGUAGCUGAUGUCAUGAUUUGUCGUUGUCACGCAGUCCACAGACUCUGAGGCACUGGUUCGCAAACUCAACAAAGACAGGGAUGUUCAUGGCUCGUCUCAGCGCCUGCUGGGGGGCGGGGCUUCUGUCUAGCUCCAGAAGUAGGUCUCGGAGGUGGGGGUUGGUCAGCAUGCCCCUGGUAACAUCACAGUGGCCUAGUGCCUCCAGUGCUUCAAUUGGUAUUUUGUCCUCUGUCUCCUCUCCUUCUCUCUCUUCCUCUUCUUCUGUGGGCCUGACUCUUGUCUCCAUCCGCUGUCCACCAUCACCGCAUGGCCAACUCACAUCCUCUGCCAUCACACCAACGCUACAGUGAGGGGUUGUCACUGGCGAGUGAACUUGCUUACUCUGCAACUCUUGCUGUAUUGCGGAGAGAAUGGCGCCGUUUUCUUCCUUGUUCUCCUCCCUCACCGCCGCUUCUAGUUCUCCUAGAGUCUCUCCUAUACCCUCAUCCUCUUUCUCACUAGCG